AUGGCUUCUCCAAUUCCCCGCGGCAUCAAGCAGGUGCUCCAGAAGUCUCCUAACGACAUUGUCAUCCUCUCCUCCCUGCGUACCCCCGUCACCCGCGCUAAGAAGGGCGGUUUCAAGGAUGCCUACCCCGAAGAGCUGCUCGCCAACGUUCUCAAGGCCACUCUGAAAGCCAACCCCAACCUGGACCCGGCUCUGAUUGACGACGUCACCAUUGGAUCCGUUCUCCAAGAACUCGGUGGUGCUAAGGCUGGCCGCAUGGCCCAGAUCCACGCUGGAUUCCCUCACUCCGUACCCUUCAACACUAUCAACCGCCAAUGUUCCUCCGGUCUGGCCGCCAUCACAGCCGUCGCUUACGGUAUCCGUGCCGGAGCCUUGAACGUCGGUGUCGGUGGUGGUAUGGAGCACAUGACUCGCAACUACGGCUCGCGCGCUAUCCCCACAGUCCUCUGGCCCGAGCUGAAGGAGUCUUACUCCCAAGAUGCACAGGACUGCAUCAUGCCCAUGGGUCUGACAUCCGAGAACGUCGCUGAGCGCUACGGCAUCACCCGCACUGACCAGGAUGCCUUCGCUGCUGAGUCUCACGCUAAGGCCUCCGCUGCCCAAAAGGCUGGCCGCUUCGAUAGCGAGAUCGUCCCCGUCACCACCAGAUCUAUUGAUCCCGAGAACCCCGAUGCUCCCGCCAAGGAAAUCACCGUCACCCAGGAUGAUGGUAUUCGACACAACAUCUCCGCUGAGAAGAUGGGCACGCUCAAGCCCGCUUUCAAGCCCAACGGCGCCAGUACCGCCGGUAACAGUUCUCAGGUCAGUGACGGUGCCGCUGCUGCGCUGUUGAUGCGCCGCUCCACCGCCGAGGAGCUGGGUCUCUCCGGCUCUAUCAAGGGUCGCUGGGUCGCUACCGCCGUUGCGGGCUGUGCCCCCGACGAGAUGGGUGUUGGCCCUGCCGUGGCUAUCCCCAAGCUGCUGGAGCAGGUUGGCCUGAAGGUUCCUGAUGUUGGUGUUUGGGAAAUUAACGAGGCCUUUGCUUCCCAGGCUCUUUACAGUGUCCGCAAGCUGGGCAUUGACGAGGCCAAGGUUAACCCCAACGGUGGUGCUAUUGCUAUCGGUCACCCUCUUGGUGCCACUGGUGCUCGCCAGCUCGCCGAUCUCCUGCCUGAGCUUGAGCGCAGCAACAAGGACAUUGGUGUUGUUAGCAUGUGCAUUGGUACCGGUAUGGGUAUGGCCGGUAUGUUCGUUCGCGAGUAA